AUGGAUGCUCUAGGAAAAGUUCUAGGGGUGAAGGAUUUGGUCUUUGACAAGCAGCCAUUAGCUGAUCCUGUGCAUACGUUCCUGGCAUUUCCAAGGGAUAGCGAACUUCAAACUGAAAGUUCGUUAGCGCUGGAGCGCAAAAUACUAGAAAGUAAGGAACAGCUCCUCGAAGAGACCCUGAGCGACGUAAUUCCACAACUUAAGGACUACAUUCACAAUUUUCAGUCGAGAUUGGAUGCGCUGACAAAAGAUUUAAACUUCAUCAAGGGGAAGUCGACGGAAUUGAACCGGCUACUGCGAGAAAACUCCAGUAAACUCGCCGAGAUCAGUCCUCUCGUGAACGAUCUAGUGAUAUCACCGGAGGUAGUGCAACAGCUUCUAUAUGGUAAAAUAGACGCAUCCUAUAUUGAAAGCAUCUCGUAUCUGAAUGAUAAACUGGCGAUAUAUGAUCAAUACAAGAACAAAGAAACCCCCAGCGAUUAUCCCGAGCUCUGUGAGCUGCUACACCUGCUGAAACAAGUUUGCAUCGAACGGAGCAAGAGGUUCAUUGUGGUGCGUAUAAAACGCCUGCGUAACAGAGAGCCAGUUCCCUCGCAGCAGAUACAGAAAGAACUGUUAGACGUGCGGGAGAUCUUCCAGUUCAUCUCUCAAAAUAACCUAUCACUUGCAUUGGAACUACGGCAGGCAUACACAUACACGAUUAGGUGGUAUUAUAAAGAGUAUUUUGCACGCUACAUCAGGUCCCUGACCAUCCUCCAGUUUGCUAACAUCACGCAGCAGUAUGCCCUUGGCCAAGGGCUCUCGACAGCUUCUUCUGGUUCGUCGUAUAGCUCAUAUCUUUUGGGCCGUUCCAUACUCGAUAGCUCAUCCAACAACAUCGGCGAAAUGGUGGCUCAGUACUUCCAGGUUAGUAAGCGGCUAUCCGUCCUGCGACAGGAAGAUAAUACAGUAAUGGUCUCCCAGAUUGCAGAGAAUAAUAAGAUGAAAUAUUACCUUGAGACAGGUUUCCGAAACUUGAAUCUCGCAAUCCUCGACAAUUGUGGAGCGGAAUUAAAUUUCCUGAAUGAAUUCUUCCAUCUCGAUCCUGGCAGCGGUGAAGAGCUACGGGGACUAUUGGAGCAAAUCUUUCAACCCACGUUCGAAAACGCGAUUCAAUAUACGGAACAACUAGUCCGCAAUACGUUCGAUAUCUAUGGCGUGCUUCUUGCUAUUUGCCUGGCACAUUAUCUGCAAUUUGAGGCCCAGAAACGCAAGGUUCCUGUCAUGGAUGACUUCCUCAAUAGUCAGCUACUGCUGUUGUGGCCCAAAUUCCAGCGCCUUGUAGACUUCCAAUGCGAGAGUCUCCGCCAGAUACCAGCCACUACCGCUGUUGCACAAGUGGCUGGUGCAAGCAAGGACCCAUUGGUCACUCCUCAUGAACUGACCGUGCAAUUUUCCAAAUUCCUGGCUGGCAUACUGAUCCUGAGUUCCUUCCACAGAGAGCGAAUAGACGAGAAAGCCGAACCGCUCUACAACUCUGUCACGCGUAUUCGCAGUGAAUUUGAGAACACUAUUACCAGGUGCAGUAGAAAGAGCUCCUCGCCCGGAAAAUUCCUUGCGGUCAACUACAUGUACUUACUGAACGCUUUACAACAGAACCUGGGUUACAUCAACCAAGACGACAACGAGCCUCUGAUCUUGAAGGAUACCAGAGACCACCUAGGUAGGUUAAUAGAAAUGCACACUAGUGGUUAA